CCACGCCCGGCUGGGACGCUCUGUCUCCUCCCCUGCUCGCUCCCCGCCCCUCGCUCCCCUGGGCGAGUAGAGAAGGCGGAAGUAGGGGCGUCCGCGGUUGGGGCUCGGGCUCCCGGGGGACGCAGUAGCGGCGGCCUUCAGGUCAAGAGACUGGCGUCCUGGCCCCCCUCGGCCUGGAGUGCUGUGCCUUUCUCUCCUGGCACCUUGGCUGAGUGGAGUUCUGCGGCCGGGCCUAGUCGGCGGCCCAGCGGACCGGAGCGAAAGCCACAUGAAUUCUGAAUGUUAGAAUAGAAAAGAGGCCAAAGAAAUCUUUGAAGACGAGGAAACUGAAGCACAGAAAGGUUAUAUAGUUUGCCCAGGUCAUACACCAAAUGAUGGAGACAAGAGUUAAACCCAGAUCAUCCGAUUCCAGCAUCUAAGCUCUUCACCACUUCAUGAUAUUGCCUCUCCAGCCAGAACAGUGCUUCAUCCUUUGUAGGUGAUCAUCAAAUGCUACUCAAAAUCUUUUUGAGAAGAAGAAAAAGAGCAGUCGAUAAUCACGUUACUAUGAGUCUGCUACACUGUGAAAACAGCUGUGGAUCCAGCCAGUCUGAGAGUGACUGCUGUGCUGCCAUGGCCGCCAGCUCCUGUGGUGCUGCAGCAAAAGAUGACAGUGUGAGUGGAACUGCCAGCACAGUGAAUCUUUCCAGCUCUUUUAUGGAAGAGAUCCAGGGAUAUGACGUGGAAUUUGACCCACCCCUGGAAAGCAAGUAUGAAUGCCCCAUCUGCUUGAUGGCAUUACGGGAAGCAGUGCAAACACCAUGCGGCCACAGGUUCUGCAAAGCCUGCAUCAUCAAAUCAAUAAGGGAUGCAGGUCACAAGUGUCCAGUGGACAAUGAAAUACUGCUGGAAAAUCAACUAUUUCCUGACAAUUUUGCAAAACGAGAGAUUCUUUCUCUGAUGGUGAAGUGUCCAAAUGAAGGUUGUCUGCACAAGAUGGAACUGAGGCAUCUUGAGGAUCAUCAAGCACAUUGUGAGUUUGCUCUUAUGAAUUGUCCCCAAUGCCAACGUCCCUUCCAAAAAUGCCAACUUAAUAUUCACAUUGUCAAGGAGUGUCCAAGGAGACAGGUUUCUUGUGUAAACUGUGCUGUAUCGAUGGCAUUUGAAGAUAAAGAGAUUCAUGACCAGAACUGUCCUUUGGCAAAUGUCAUCUGUGAAUACUGCAACACCAUGCUCAUCAGAGAACAGAUGCCUAAUCAUUAUGAUCUAGACUGUCCUACAGCCCCAGUUCCAUGCACAUUCAGUACUUUUGGUUGCCAUGAAAAGAUGCAGAGGAAUCACUUGGCACGCCACCUGCAAGAGGAUACCCAGUCGCACAUGAGAAUGAUGGCCCAGGCUGUUCAGACUUUAAGCCUUGCGAUAGCUCCCACACCUCAGCGUGGCAUGCUGCCAUGUGAUUCUACCUCUCUGCCCCGGGUUUCCUCUGGGUGUCACUCAGAGGUCCAGAAUUUCCAAGAAACCAUUCAGCAGUUAGAGGGUCGCCUUGUAAGACAAGACCAUCAAAUCCGGGAGCUGACUGCGAAAAUGGAAACUCAGAGCACGUAUGUAAGUGAGCUAAAACGAACUAUUCGAACCCUUGAGGACAAAGUUGCUGAAAUAGAAGCACAGCAGUGCAAUGGAAUUUACAUCUGGAAGAUUGGCAACUUUGGGAUGCACUUGAAAUCUCAAGAAGAGGAGAAACCUGUUGUCAUUCACAGCCCCGGAUUCUACACAGGCAAACCCGGCUACAAACUAUGCAUGCGCCUGCACCUGCAGCUACCGACUGCGCAGCGCUGUGCCAACUACAUAUCCCUCUUUGUCCACACGAUGCAAGGAGAGUAUGACAGCCACCUCCCUUGGCCCUUCCAGGGUACGAUACGCCUUACCAUCCUUGAUCAGUCGGAAGCACCUGUAAGGCAAAACCAUGAAGAGAUAAUGGAUGCCAAACCAGAGCUGCUUGCCUUCCAGAGACCCACAAUCCCACGGAACCCCAAAGGGUUUGGCUAUGUGACUUUUAUGCAUCUGGAAGCCCUAAGACAAAGAGCCUUCAUCAAGGACGACACGUUAUUAGUACGCUGUGAGGUCUCCACCCGCUUCGACAUGGGCAGUCUUCGGAGGGAGGGUUUUCAGCCACGAAGUACUGACUUGGGGACAUAGCAUCCCCUCAUUUGUUUAA